AUGAGUCAUCACCCACAACAAGACUCACCACCAGAAAUGGAUGAUGACAAUACUCACUCGUUAUCUUCUUCGGUGAAUAUCAUCCGAUUGGCAGAUGAUGAUGAUAAUGAAGGAAUUAUUGAUGAUAACAAUCAACAAGUAGAAGAGCAACAGGAACAAAAUUUGGAAAGUAAUCAAGAGGAAGUGAAACCAGAAGUGACACCAUUGCCUAAAAUGGCCAUGAUAAUGAUAUCGAUAAUUAUCAUUGCUGAGGCUGUUGGUUAUUCAAUUCUCUAUCCUGUUGUGCCAUUUAUGGUGAGAGAUUUUCUGUUGUUUGAACAACAAGAAGCACGUCUAAAUAAUGGAACACUGAGUUAUAAUACUACUACAACAAGUUACAACUUGGGAUUUAAUAGUUUUGCAAUUUUGCCAAAAAGUUAUUUAUAUUCGAAACAAUUUGAUUCGAAAUUAUUUAGUGUAAAUAGUUCAUUGAUUGGAAAUGGUACAAUUAUCAAUCAUGAUGAAUUGGAAAUACCAGAGGAAAGAGUUGGAUUACUGGUUGGUAUUUUGGCAUCUGCCUAUUCAGUUGCUCAAUUAAUUUCCAAUUGGUUCAUUUCAAGAUCGAGUGAUCAUUUAGGAAGAAAACCCUUAUUGUUAUCGGGCUUAGUUGUGAAUGUAAUCUUUUUGUCAUUAUUUGCAUUUUCAAAGAAUUUUUGGUUUGCCCUAGUUGUUAGAACAAUUCACGGAGCUUUGAAUGCUAACGUUCCAAUUUACAAGUCAUUCACUAUUGAUAUUACCAAUUCGAGCAAUCAGGAAAAAGCCUUUGUGCUUAUUAGUUGUAUUUGGGCUGUGAGUAACAUCGUUUCUCCUGGAAUGGGAGGUUGGUUGUCUAAACCUGCCGAAAAAUGGCCUUUCCUUUUUGGAGGUAAAGAAACAUGGCUCUAUAAUUUCUUUAACACUAAUCCGUACGUGCUACCGCUCUCCAUUCCAGUCAUUAUGAAUAUUAUUUCAAUUAUUUGCACAAUAUUUUUCAUGAAAGAAUCUUUAAAGAAUAGAUUUGAUAUUGUAAAUUGGUUUCUUGUAAAGGUUGGAAUAAGAAAAAAGAAAAUUGUGGAAGAGGAAAAAGAAGCAUCUAUUGAAAUGAUAAGUGCUUCCACGACAAACUUAGACGCCUACAGUACUAAGGAUAAUUUAUUGGAAGAGGACUCAAAUUCUGUCGAGGAAACAUCUUCAAUUGAGACAAAGGUAGCUGCUAAUAAGGAAAAACCAAACUUGAGUCUUUUUUAUCUGUUGAAAGAUUCUAUAGUUGUUAAGGUUGCUUUGUUGUAUCUCUUCCUUGGUCUUGCUACUAAUAUUAUGGACGAAAUGGUUCCAAUUUUUGCCAGUAAUUCAAUUCAAAAGAGAGGUCUAGCUUUGGAUUCGUCACAAAUUGGAUUAAUGCUUUCUAUUGGUGGCGUUACUUCACUAAUAAUGUUAAUUAUUUAUCCAAAAUUAUCUGAUAAGCUUGGAUUCUUAUGGCUCUUCAGAAUUGGCUUGAUAGUUUACAUCAUUGACGUAAUAGUUUUUCCAUUCAGUACUGAACUAGUCCAAUAUGAGUGGAAUCCUUGGGUUGUUUUUAUUUUUGCCACUUUUUGUAUCUUUAUCAAAUCAUGCGCACAAGAAAUGGCCUAUACCUCUCAAUUCUUACUUGUCAACAAUUCAGCCCCAUCUUCGGAACACAUUGGAAGCACAACUGGAUUAGCACAUAUUACUGCUUCAAUAGGUUGGGCUUCAGGUCCAUUCAUUGGAGGAGUAUUGCUUAGUGUUGGAUUGAAUUGGGCUGAAAGUAUCACUGAAUCAAAUCCAAACUCUUGGAUUGGAAAAGUUCCACUCGUCGACAAGAUUAGUUUUUGGGUGUGUGCUGGAGUGUGUAUAUUCACCUUUAUUCUUUCCCUAACUGUACCUAAAUCAAUUUUGAAGAGAAGAUAUGAAACAGAAGAGGAAGAAACUAAAAGUGUUUAACCAGUUUUCACCAACAAUUUUGAUUUAAACAAUUUACUAGGAAUAAAUUUAUUAACACUUAUUUUGCU